CGACUAGAGAAAGUGAUGACUUAAAGCACCCUCUCUUGUAUCCAAUUUGAGCUCAGUGUCUGAAACAGUAGGUCUCGUGGAACGUUUUUCUUUUCAGCUUGUGAAGAGUCAGUAACUGGCCUCUUCCGGCAUGAAAUGGAGACACUCAAAUUCCCAGGAUCAACAAUUACCUUAAUUGCUAUCAAUGGGUUGCAUGUUGCUAAAGCCAUUGUGCUCCCAGUGAAAUCCAAGUACAUUCCUGGAGUUGGGGUCAAGGUGAAAUUUUCUGCUAAACUCAAAAUCCUGGGCACUUGCUGGUCUAUCCUCUUAUCUGGCCUGACCACUAUCAACGUGCAUGUAGACUGUAGUGCGCUCGUUCUGCUGCCUAAGUAUUUGCCGCUUACCACCAGCGUUGCCGUCAAGGAUUGUCAAUGUGCGAUGGUUCUCAAGGACAUCAGUAUCAACUUGCUCGAUAUCCGUGCGAGCGUGACAGCCAGCCUAGGGAACAACAUUCUACUGGCGUUACAAGUCAAGAUCCCGACGAUACUUUCCGCUUGUAUUUCCUUCGGGCAUUCAAAGAUGCUGAGUGAGAUUAACUCUGUACUCCCAUUUGAGAAGGGAAAGCUCCUGUAUGUGGCUCAAACUCCAAAAGUAAAUGACCGGUUCAUUGAAAUUCCUGUACAGACGGAAUACCUGGCUGACGAUGGGAAGAAGAUCCCCAUUCCACCCCUCCCGGAGAACUUUGUGAUAUUGCCAGAAAUGAAUCAUACAUCUGAGGCCAUAGGGGAGAAUGUCAUCACUUCUAUCUUCUCCUACACAGUCUUCAAGAAACCUCAUUCCUUCUCUUGUACCCCUCAAACGUUUCUUGACACUGUCUCCCUGGAGCUGAUCCUCUCUGAACUGAUUGUUUCCAAGUGCCCAACCUGCACUCCAAUCUCCUCUUCGCUGUUCAUCAUUACCAAAAUGGUCACACCUCUGACGGUCGGUCUGGAUGUGAACCUGUGCACCAUGAAUCUCACUCUCAGCCUGCAGAUAAUGGAUAAAAAGGGAAACAAGAAACCUGUGCUCCUCGUUGCUUUGAAAGCAGAACUCGGUUUGGUUGCCACUCUCCAGCUGGUUGAAGGAAAGGUGCAAUUCACUGCAUCCCUGGACAGAUUGCAUUUCAAGCUGCUUUCCUCAAUCGUGGGCCCUGUCAUUAUUGUACGUCUUCAGGUGCCUUUGAGAGCCUUCAUCACGAAAAUUAUACUAAAGGAGAUCAACUUUUACCUCCACUUAGCAAAAAUCCCAAUAUUUAGAGCACCAGGACUGAAGCCCAGCUUUGCUCAUUGCCACCCUUCUAAGCACUGUCUUGUGUGCCAUAAAAAACUCCAUAAAGGGUGAUGUACCAGGCGAGUGUGGUGCUGACUCACCUCUGACACCGAGGAGAGAGAAGAAAGAGUGGCACAAAUGAGGAGGCUUAAUUCAUGUUCCUUUUUCCAAAAUUUUGAUUCAAGCUUUUUACUCUGGGGAAAAAUUGCCACAUCUGCUAUGGAAUUUCCGCUAAAGAACGGCCGUAGAUCUGAUAGUCUCCUUGUUACUUGGAUUUACUAUUUUUCAAAUCAAAUCUGUCUUGAGUGAUAAGUUUCAGGGAGGGUUUGGGAUUGUAGUUAUUAUUCUAUUAGUUUCCUUUGGUUACUCUGUUAAUAAAUCAUUCUUCUUAGCAUGCUUGCUGUGUUCAUUUCACCCCACUGCAGGAUUCGGUUCCCUAUUUGAGAAUUCAUACUGCUCUCCACCCCCACAUAAGAUUUGUGUAUUAGUAAUUAAUUCCAUCUGCUGUUCUUCAUUGUCCAGUGCAUAUAGGUCAUACAUAUAUACAUGCACCACAUUAAUAGUUAUGUGCAUGGUAUUAAUAUUUGAUUUAUGUGUGUGUGUUGGGUGAUCAUGCUAAACUCUAUUAUUCUUGCUCGCUUAUGCUAAGGCAUAUGUCCCACAGUGCUCUGGGACACGUAUGGUUUAGGCGAAUACACAUACUAUCCAAAGCUGGAUGGACGAAUGUUCUAAACAUAGGAGCAAUGUGGCGUAAGGAAAUCAUGGAAGCUGUAUGAAUGCUUUGCAUUAGGCAGUACCUUCAUGCCCCCUAACAUUUGGAAUUUAAUAUUCAAAACAAAAGAUGGGAAAGUACAGCUCCACCAGAGUCAAAGCUGGCUAGUUGCACUUAAACGUUGUGUGUGUGAACAGUGCUCUGCUACUUGUAACCAGCCAUGCUAUAAAAGAUUGGAGUCAUUUGGGAAGCACAGCUUCUGGGUGAACUGAAAAUGCUGCCUGACUUUGCUUCCUGGGAAGGAUUGGUGAGGUAUUAACUCUUUCCUGUACUGUAUUACUUUGUCUUUAGACAAUACAUUUGCUUGAGCUUGAUUAUCUAAUCUCCUGAACAUUCUUAAUUUUAGGUCUAGUCAAUUCGUUGGCUGUUAAUUGGUAUCCUCCUGGAAACCAGAUGUUAGAAAUGAAAAGUUCUGAUAGGUCAUCUGAUCUAUUGCUCCCUAGAUCGGUGCUUCUCAAAGUCAGGCCGCUGGUUGUUCAGGGAAAGCCCCUGGCGGG